AUGCCAGUCCCCUUGCCACCGCCCCAGAUCCAGAAGUUACGGUCCAAAACGCAGACCCCGCAUCUCUUGCGCCCUCCAGCGGCCAAAAGGGGCAGGCAAGCGGCGGCGGAAGGGGAGCUUGGCCCUUCUGCGGGGCGCCAUCAGUCUUGCUACUGGGACAACUUCAUCCCAUCUGAGGGAUCUGAGCUCCUCCGCAGCUCUUCGCCCGGGACCCCAGUCUGGGUCAGAUUCGUCCCUCUCUCCGCUGCUAAGUCCUUCAAAGCCUUACGCUUACCAGGGAGCCACCGUCUUUCUCAGUUCCGGGCUCUCGAGGCCGACUCUGCGGGGGACAGGAACAAGUCCAAGGGUGGCGGCAAGAUGAACGAGGAGAUCUCCAGCGACUCUGAGAGCGAGAGCCUGGCUCCAAGGAGGACCGAAGAGGAGGAGGAGGAGGAGCUGGAGGAAACCGCGCAGGAGAAGAAACUACGCUUGGCCAAGCUCUACCUGGAGCAGCUCAGGCAGCAAGAGGAGGAGAAAGCCGAGGCCCGUGCAUUUGAGGAGGACCAGGUGGCCGGACGCCUGAAGGAGGACGUGCUCGAGCAGAGGGGCAGGCUGCAGAAGUCGGUGGCAAAGGAGAUCCAGGCUCCAGCCCCGGCUGACAUUCGAGUUUUACGGGGCCACCAGCUGUCCAUCACGUGUUUGGUCAUUACCCCCGACGACUCAGCCAUCUUCUCCGCUGCGAAAGACUGCACCAUCAUUAAGUGGAGCGUGGAGAGUGGACGGAAGCUGCAUGUCAUUCCUCGAGCCAAGAAGGGCACUGAGGGCCAGCCUCCCGGCCACAGCAGCCACAUCCUCUGCAUGGCCAUCUCCUCUGACGGCAAGUACCUUGCCUCGGGUGACCGCAGCAAACUCAUUCUCAUCUGGGAGGCCCAGAGCUGCAGGCACCUGUACACCUUCACGGGACAUCGGGACGCCGUGUCGGGGCUGGCAUUCCGCCGAGGCACCCACCAGCUCUACAGCACAUCCCAUGACCGCUCUGUGAAGGUGUGGAACGUGGCAGAGAACUCCUACGUGGAGACGCUCUUUGGGCACCAGGACGCUGUGGCUGCGCUGGACGCCCUGAGCCGGGAGUGCUGUGUGACAGCUGGGGGCCGGGACGGCACUGUGCGCGUGUGGAAGAUCCCUGAGGAAUCCCAGCUUGUCUUCUACGGCCACCAGGGUUCCAUCGACUGCAUUCACCUCAUCAAUGAGGAGCACAUGGUGUCGGGGGCAGAUGACGGCUCCGUGGCCCUGUGGGGCCUCUCCAAGAAGCGGCCACUUGCCCUGCAGCGUGAGGCUCAUGGGCUGCGGGGGGAGCCAGGCCUGGAGCAGCCCUUCUGGGUGUCAUCAGUAGCAGCCCUACUCAAUACAGACCUCGUGGCCACAGGCUCCCACAGCUCCUGUGUGCGGCUCUGGCAGUGUGGGGAGGGCUUCCGGCGCCUUGACCACCUCUGUGACAUCCCCCUGGUGGGUUUUAUCAACAGCCUCAAGUUCUCCAGUGCUGGGGACUUCCUGGUGGCUGGGGUGGGACAGGAACACAGACUUGGCCGAUGGUGGCGGAUCAAAGAGGCUCGGAACUCUGUCUGCAUCAUCCCACUCCCCAGGGCCCCCGAGCCCGCAGCAGCCGGCUCCUGACUCUCUCUUCCCCUUAUUUAAGUCCUUCCCAGGCCAUGCUCCACCCUCUUUGUAUUAAAAGUCUCCCUUUGGGCCUUG